UCGGAAACAUGUCCAAAACAUCAAUGAAAUGAUGGAAAACAGUUGAAACACAGUAAAAUUCAACCCAGUAAAAUAGGACUGCUUUUUCUUCAUCAUCCUUGGAAAUUGUCAAGAAGAGAACUAUGACAAUAUAUCAAUUUUUGCUACUGUUUCUACUCUGGGUAUGCCUGCCACACUUCUGUUCACCAGAGAUAAUGUUCAAAAGGACUCCUGUGCCCCAGAAAAGGGUUUUAGGUGCUCGCACACCUAGGAGUGAUGGCAAAAUCCUGCAUCGUCAAAAGCGUGGUUGGAUGUGGAAUCAAUUUUUCUUACUGGAGGAAUAUACAGGAUCUGAUUAUCAAUAUGUAGGCAAGCUUCAUUCAGACCAAGAUAAAGGAGAUGGAUCCCUCAAAUAUAUUUUAUCUGGAGAUGGAGCUGGUACUCUUUUUAUUAUUGAUGAAAAAACAGGUGACAUUCAUGCCACAAGAAGAAUUGAUAGGGAAGAAAAGGCCUUUUAUACUCUACGUGCACAAGCUAUUAACAGAAGAACUUUGAGGCCAGUAGAACCAGAGUCUGAGUUUGUGAUCAAAAUCCAUGAUAUCAAUGACAAUGAACCAACAUUCCCAGAGGAAAUUUAUACAGCUAGUGUUCCUGAAAUGUCCGUUGUAGGUACUUCUGUGGUGCAAGUCACAGCUACAGACGCAGAUGACCCUUCCUAUGGGAACAGCGCCAGAGUCAUUUACAGCAUACUUCAAGGGCAGCCAUAUUUCUCUGUGGAGCCUGAAACAGGUAUCAUCAGGACUGCUUUACCAAACAUGAACAGAGAAAACAGGGAGCAAUAUCAAGUGGUAAUCCAGGCCAAAGACAUGGGUGGCCAGAUGGGAGGCUUAUCAGGGACCACCACGGUCAACAUCACGCUGACAGACGUCAAUGACAAUCCUCCGCGCUUCCCCCAAAAUACCAUCCACCUUCGGGUCCUUGAAUCCUCCCCAGUUGGCACAGCUAUUGGAAGUGUCAAAGCCACUGAUGCUGACACUGGGAAGAAUGCUGAAGUUGAAUACCGAAUUAUUGAUGGAGAUGGGACAGAUAUGUUUGACAUCAUUACUGAGAAGGACACACAGGAAGGCAUUAUAACUGUGAAAAAGCCACUUGACUAUGAGAGCCGAAGACUUUACACUCUGAAGGUUGAAGCAGAAAAUACCCACGUGGAUCCACGUUUUUAUUACUUAGGGCCAUUUAAAGAUACAACAAUUGUGAAAAUCUCUAUUGAAGAUGUGGAUGAACCUCCUGUUUUCAGUAGGUCCUCCUAUCUGUUUGAGGUUCAUGAAGAUAUUGAAGUGGGCACCAUCAUUGGAACUGUGAUGGCGAGGGAUCCAGAUUCUACUUCCAGCCCCAUUAGAUUCUCCUUAGAUCGCCAUACUGACCUUGACAGGAUCUUUAACAUCCAUUCUGGAAAUGGAUCCCUUUAUACAUCAAAACCACUUGACCGUGAACUGUCUCAGUGGCACAAUCUUACUGUUAUAGCUGCUGAAAUCAACAAUCCCAAAGAGAUGACUCGAGUGGCUGUUUUUGUGAGAAUUUUGGAUGUUAAUGACAAUGCCCCACAAUUUGCUGUGUUUUAUGACACUUUUGUAUGUGAAAAUGCCAGACCAGGACAGCUAAUACAGACUAUAAGUGCAGUAGACAAAGAUGACCCUUUAGGUGGACAGAAAUUUUUCUUCAGUUUAGCUGCUGUCAAUCCAAACUUCACAGUACAGGACAAUGAAGAUAAUACUGCCAGGAUUUUAACCAGAAAAAAUGGAUUCAAUAGACAUGAAAUAAGCACCUAUCUCUUGCCUGUGGUGAUAUCAGACAAUGAUUACCCGAUUCAGAGCAGCACUGGCACACUCACCAUCAGAGUCUGUGCCUGCGACAGCCAAGGCAACAUGCAGUCCUGCAGUGCCGAAGCCCUGCUUCUUCCUGCCGGCCUCAGCACUGGGGCCUUGAUAGCCAUUCUUCUCUGCAUCAUUAUUCUGCUAGUUAUAGUAGUACUGUUUGCAGCCCUGAAAAGGCAGCGGAAAAAAGAGCCUCUGAUCUUGUCUAAGGAAGAUAUCAGAGACAACAUCGUGAGCUAUAACGAUGAAGGUGGGGGAGAGGAGGACACCCAGGCCUUUGAUAUUGGCACCCUGAGGAAUCCUGCAGCUAUUGAGGAAAAAAAGCUGAGGCGAGAUAUUAUUCCAGAAACUUUAUUUAUACCCCGGAGGACUCCUACAGCGCCGGAUAAUACUGACGUCAGAGAUUUCAUCAACGAAAGGCUAAAGGAGCAUGAUCUGGAUCCCACCGCCCCGCCCUAUGACUCCCUGGCUACCUACGCCUACGAAGGAAACGAUUCCAUCGCAGAAUCUCUGAGUUCUUUAGAGUCAGGUACCACUGAUGGAGACCAGAACUAUGAUUACCUCCGAGAAUGGGGCCCUCGGUUUAAUAAGCUGGCGGAAAUGUACGGGGGCGGGGAAAGUGACAAAGACUCUUAACCUAGGAUAUGUGUUCUGCCCAAACACGAGGAAGUAACUUUACAGACACCGUCUCCGCUUCACAAUAUUUGAUAUUCAGGAGAAUUUUCCUGCCACUCAGCACAAUUUUUCCAUUUCCACUUAAUUUGUUCCUUAAUUACAUUAAUUCUUUCCUGUAGGAUGUCUCAUGGAAUAUAUACAUUUUAUUUAAUCACUUCCAAGAGCCAAAGCUAUGGAAAUCAGUGUUGUCCAUCUUAGGAAAUAAAAGAUAAUUUCAGAAACAUGAACAGGAUAGUUCUCCCUUAAGCAACCUCACAAACAAGCCGCUUCUGUUAAAUACCUGCCCUGCCCUUGCAAAUGAAGCUUUCAAAAGGUGAAGAAAAAUUUUAAGGUAUAUCCUGUUCUGUACAUUAAAUUAAAAAAAGUACAUGUUGUGUUAGUAAGUGUGAUAUGCAACCUGGUAUACAAACGUUUGUGCAAUUUCAUUUCAUCAAA